GUGAACUUUAGCACUGAAUAUCCAACUUUUGGCAGCCGUAGGCAAAUUCGGGACAGAGAAAUGAUGUUGCAACACUGCUGAAUUCGCGGAGGAACUGGGGUGGGGGCGGUCAGUUGUGUGAGUGCAGGAGCCCGCAGGAGCCGGCGUGUGCGUGUUUGUGGUGGACUGCGAGCUGUACGCGUGGCAGCGAAUGUAAGGUGUUAUUGAGGGUUGUCAUUGUAUGUUGUCUUGACAUCUGAAGAAAAUACAACAUGGUUUUGGAUUUAGACCUUUUCCGUGUUGAAAAAGGAGGUAGUGUAGAGAAUAUUCUGAAGAAUCAGAAAAAUCGUUUCAAAGACGUUGCCUUGGUGGAAACUGUAGUAGCAAAAGAUAGUGAAUGGAGGCAGUUGAGACAUGAACUGGAUUAUUUAAACAAACAGAAAAAUGUAUGCAAUAAAGUAACAGGAGAAAAAAUCAAGGCCUCUGCACCUGCUACUGGUGAUGGUGAUGUUCCAGAUGAGCUGAUUAGCAAAUUGGAAAGUUUAAGUAUUGAUGAGUUUAGACAGCAAAGCGUACCACAGCUGAAGGCUCUCAGACAGAUUUUUGACAAGAAGAUAGUUGACAAAACUGAAGCUAUAAAAGAAGCUGAGAAGAUUAGAUACAAUGCUUUAAGAGAGGUUGGGAACAUUUUGCAUCCUUCUGUGCCAAUCAGUAACGAUGAGGAUGAAAACAGAGUGGAGAGAACUUUUGGUGAUUGUACACAAAAGAAGGCAUAUUCACAUGUAGACCUCAUUCUAAUGAUAGGCGGAAUGGAUGGCGAGCGGGGAGUCAGUGUCUCUGGAGGAAGAUCUUACUUUUUGACGGGUCCUGCUGUUUUCCUGCAGCAUGCACUUGUGGAACUCUCUCUUCACACACUGUUCAAGAAAGGCUAUACUCCUUUGUAUACACCUUUCUUCAUGAGAAAAGAAGUAAUGCAUGAAGUUGCACAGCUAUCACAGUUUGAUGAAGAAUUGUAUAAAGUGAUAGGAAAAGGACAAGAUAAGCCAAACAGCAAAGAAAUAGAUGAAAAGUAUUUAAUUGCCACCUCAGAACAGCCUAUUGCUGCAUUCCAUCGAAAUGAGUGGAUGUCUGAACAAGAUUUACCAAUUCGCUAUGCAGGUGUUUCCACAUGUUUCCGUCAAGAAGUUGGUGCUCAUGGAAGAGACACUCGUGGAAUAUUCCGUGUACAUCAAUUUGAGAAGUUCUGUAUUACUUCUCCAUUUGAUGAUGCAUCAUGGAAAAUGAUGGAUGAGAUGAUUGCCAAUGCAGAGGAAUUCUGUCAAGCAUUGGGCAUUCCUUAUCGGAUUGUCAACAUUGUGUCAGGUGCAUUGAAUCAUGCUGCUGCUAAGAAAUUAGAUUUGGAAGCUUGGUUUCCUGGAUCAGGUGCGUUUAGAGAACUUGUAUCAUGCAGCAAUUGUUUAGACUAUCAAUCAAGAAGACUUCUGAUUCGAUAUGGAAAAACUAAAAAAAUGAACACUGCGGUCCCAUAUGUUCACAUGCUAAAUGCCACAAUGUGUGCCACAACACGUGUCAUUUGCGCUUUGUUAGAAGUGAAUCAAACUGAGAAUGGAAUCAAAGUCCCAGAAGCACUUAAGCCGUAUAUGCCUCCUGAAUAUAAGGACUUGAUACCAUUUGUGAAACCAGCCCCAACUGCAGCCAGCACAUGAUUGUGGUUAAAUUUAUUACCAUUGGUUUUAAAAAAUAUGUUUUCCAUCAUUUCACUUCAUUGGUAUUAAUUUGGAAAUUUUUAGCGAAGUUUUUAUGAGAUUCAUUCUAUUGUUCUUAAUUGUUAAUUUAUAAAAACAAUACAUUGUUACAAUGUUUUGUAUUUGAUCUGGAGGCAGUUCAACAUAAAUAUCCUUUCAGAGUAUA